CUUUAAAAAAAAAUAUAUUUUUUGUGUGUUUAUAAAUAAUGGUGCAGUGUUUUUAAAAGGAUUUCUCGAAAUAAAUAUUCUCCAAAAUGUAUCUACAAGGAAGUAGAAAUACUUGCCUGGUGGUGGCGGCUUUUAUUUUAUGCGUUCCAGUAAUCAACAGCCAGACAACUGUGGAAGAUAUAGAAGCUAUAACACUAGAUCAAAUUACAGACAAUUUAGAAACUACCACAGAAUUUACAGAAGACGCAAUCAUAAAAGAAAACACUCUAAACAAAUAUAAUGUCAGGCAAUUACGAAGUCAAAGCAUUGAAAACGUAGACAAUGUAGCAUUAGAAAAAGAACAGGCUGCAUCACAUGAAACAGUCAACACUAAAACAGUCAAUAUUGAUGCAAAGAAACCAGAAAGCGCUUCAAAACUAGUUUUAUCUCCAGAACUUAAUCCAUUAAACGUAAACACGAUAGCAAAAACAGCCCUAAGACAACCGACAAAACAUAUGGUAAAAGAAUUAAAUGAUGAAGACUUGCAAAAGGUAAAAAAGGUUAUAAAGAAAUCCGAACAAAAAACGCAUGUUAAAUAUGACGAAGCGACGGGUGAAUUGAUCGAUGGGCCUCAUCCGUGCCAAAGAGAGUGUAAAGAAGGAGAGAAGCCGAUGAUCUGCUACUACAUGUUCCAUCUAGAAUGGUACCAGACUAUGAGCAAGGCUUGCUUUGACUGUCCUUUUAACGAAACGGAUUGCCAGAGACUCGAUUGUAUUCCGGCCGACGGUAUGAACAGACCUCUCAACGUUAUUAAUAGGAAGAUGCCUGGACCUGCUAUUGAGGUGUGCCAACACGACAGAGUCAUAGUUGACGUGGAGAACGACCUAAUGACGGAGGGCACAACGGUACAUUGGCACGGUCAGCACCAACGCGGGACGCCUUACAUGGAUGGAACACCUUACGUCACCCAAUGUCCUAUCCUACCUGAUACUACCUUCAGGUACCAAUUCAACGCGUCGCACGAUGGCACACAUUUCUGGCACUCCCAUUCUGGCAUGCAGCGAGCGGAUGGCGCCGCGGGCGCCUUCGUUAUCAGGCGCCCGAAGUCCCAGGAUCCACAUGGCGCCCUGUACGAUUAUGAUAGAUCGGAUCACGUAAUGAUAGUAACGGACUGGAUCCAUGAGCUGACCGUGGGCAUGUUCACGGAUCAUCACCACUCUAAGGGGGACAACAAGCCCCCCACCCUUCUCAUCAACGGCGUGGGACGGUUCAAGGUGUUCAAUGAGACCCUUAAGCCGUUUUAUAUGAAGACGGCCAGGUUUAAUGUGGAACAGGGCUACAAGUACCGUUUCCGCGUGAUCAACGCAGAAUUCCUAAACUGCCCCAUCGAAAUGUCUGUCGACGGGCACAACAUCACCGUCAUCGCUUCUGAUGGCUACGACCUGGAACCUAUCACUGCAACAUCACUAGUGACGUACGCUGGGGAGCGCUACGACUUCAUCCUAGAAGCCAACAACGAGAUAGACAAUUACUGGAUACGGUUCCGAGGCCUCAUGGACUGCGACGAAGUAUUCACAAAAGCGAAGCAGGUGGCAGUUCUGCACUAUGAAGGGGCUAUGGAGUCUGAGCCCCCCGGAGACCCAACAUGGGAGGAGCUGCAUAACGAAGGAUUGCAACUGAACGCCCUAAACAAAGGAGAAGAGGAGAAUGAGACCAUAAGCGUUGCAGAAAUGAGGAGUCUAGUUGGCUACGAUGACAGCCUGAAGGAGAUUCCUGACUACCAGUUCUACGUGGCUUAUGACUUCUACGCGAAAAACAACUCGCACUUUCACAAGUCGCCUUAUUAUGGAUAUUAUCAAGUGCCACACAAGAAGAAUCGCCUCUACACGCCACAGCUUAACCACAUCAGCAUGAAGAUGCCCUCCAGCCCCCUCCUCAUCGAUAGGCCAGAUCCCCACAAUUUCUGCAACAUGUCCAGCGUCGACGACGAGUGCAGAGAGGGCUACUGUGAAUGCCCCCACGUUCUCUCCGUCAAACUGAAUUCUGUCGUUGAAAUCGUCAUACUUGACGAAGGUAUCACUUUUGAUGCUAACCAUCCUUUCCAUCUACAUGGACAUAGCUUUAGAGUAGUAGGUUUGCGGAGAUUAGGUAAGGAUACUACUAUUGAAGAAGUCAAAGCUUGGGAUGAAGCAGGACUUUUAAAACGUAACCUUAAGAACGCACCCAUAAAAGAUACCGUUACAGUACCAGACGGUGGAUACACAGUAAUCAGAUUCAAAGCAGACAAUCCAGGCUACUGGCUUUUCCAUUGUCAUAUUGAGUUCCAUGUUGAAAUAGGUAUGGCGCUAGUUUUCAAAGUAGGAGAACAUAAAGAUAUGCCCCCAGUACCGAGGAACUUCCCUAGAUGUGGGAAUUAUAUGCCCGAUAAUAUGAUCGAACAUGAUACAACUCCUAAACCUAAUGAUAAUAAUCAUAUAUCCAUAACGCAAUGGUGGCCAGUCAUAUAUAUGAACGGAACCACUUCGUCUGCGACAAGUAUAUUGUGUAGUUUAUCAACGAUUUUAGUCAGUUCUGGAUUACUAAUUUUUAAAUUUUAUUUAACGUAAGUUAUAACAGUAUUAUGUAAGGCAACAGUGCAAUGUAUACUAUUAUAUAGCUUAAUAUGACUUUUAAAACCGAAUUUGUACUUACUGAAUGUAUGUUUUAUAGAAGCCCUAUUGUUGAAGUAUUACUUCUUAACGGCUUAUGUUACGUUUUACAGUACUUACAAAUAUUUAUUGUAAACUACAGUAGUACGUCCACACUAGUUUAUUAUAUCUUUAAUUUUAUAAGUAUUAAUUAUGAGUUGGUGCGCACCACAAUGAUUGAUGAUGACGAAUGUAAUUUAGGAUAAUGCGCUGUAGUGUUUGAGAUUAAACGUGCUAAGGCAUAGAUUUACCUUGAUACUGUCAUACGAUAAAGUAACGAUAAAAUUUGGACGCCCUCAAUUAUAUUAUAACUCCAGAUAGGUUAUAGACGUUCCAAAAUUAAAGAGCUUCAAUUUUACAGUUGCUAAAUAUUUAGUCGCGCUAAGAGAAGGAGACAAGCUUGUGUUCAACAACGAGUGUAACAAAGAUGAAUGGUAAGCAUGCGAGAAUUAAUCAAAUAAAAAAAGGUUAAUUUGUAAGCAAUGAAAUAAAUAUAAAAUUAUUUUUUGUGCUCCUUAUUUAUGCGUAUAACCUAUCUAUUAGUUAUAUGUAUAAUAUUAUUGGUCGAACAAAAUACGUUCUGUAGUACGAGAUUAACACUAAACAAUUUGACCGUCACCGAGUCGCAUUGUGAUAGCAUGAUUAAUGCUAUUUGCUUGUCAAUCGCGAAUUGGGUGAAGAGCCUGAGUAAUCUAGGUUCAAUCCGACCACGCACGAGAAAGCGACUAGCGAUCGACUAAUUUCUCGCCCAUAAGCUUAAGUGUCAGUCAAUGUAGAUUCCGCAUCAAUCAAAGGCAUAAUAUACAGUGUGUAAAUCUAAUACGGGCGAUAAAUUAAACCAGAUAUAGAAUUUAUUCGUCUAAUCAUUAAUUAAGAAGUUUUUUUUUAUUUACACUUAAUUAUGACCCCGUAAUUAUUAUUUUUUUAAUUUACCGAGCAGCAAUGUAAAAUCGUCGUCAAUAGAACUUGCAAACAAUGUAAACAAAUAUGACGGAUUUUGUUAGCGUUUGACACAUAACCUAACAUGUUUACGAAGGUUAUUUUCGCUGAAAUAUUAAUAACUAACAUUUAAUUUAACAAAAAAAUUAUAUAAAUAAAAUAUUUAAGUAUAUAGACUAUAGUCCUUUUGAAGAGCGAGAUUACGAAGUAAUGAGAGUAAAACGGUUUGUUUACAUUGUUCGCAAGUUCUAUUGACGACGACUUUACUGCAAACAUUAAGAAACAUAAGAUGCAAUGACAUUACGAGAUACGAGCUUUUUAAUAGUAACUGCCAACAAGCGUUGACAGCUUUAAAACGCUCGUAUCUCGAAACUUGUGUGGUGUAUUACAUUGCGGGCUGAAUUAUUUUGUAUGGAUAAAAUUUUAAUUGCAAUUCUAAAUAAAAGUUAUCUAAUUACAUUUCUUAUGUCCGAUACUACACACUGUAUAUGUAUCGUAGAUCGUUAAAUGUUCACACGGCGAGAUAAUGCAUAAGAGAAAGCACCCACCGCGAUAAAAUUAACUUACUCAUAGUUACUCGCUUCUCGCUGAUAUCUGCCGGUGAGGUAGCUGCCUAAAACUUGCCAAGUACAGUGAACAAAGUUUUUAUUCUGUGUAAAGUAUCAAAUUCGAUCAAAUUUACUCUUGAUGAGGUUUUCGCUGGUGAUAUGUGAUAUUAUUAAGUAGUUGGAUAGUUAGUAUAAGUAUUGUAUGUUAUAACAUAACUAUGAGUUCCAUAACGAAAAUAUAAAAUGAAAUGAAAAAUAAAGUUUAAAAAUUGG